AUGACGAUAAUGACGUUGGCACCGCCUUCGAUGCCGUUGCCAUCGCUGACGUUGCCGCCACCAACUCCGACACCGCCGCUGCUAUCGCCUCCGACACCGACACUGGCCGUUGACGACGCCGACGCUGACACAGAUGUCAUCGCUGAUGCUGUCGACGAUGAUGAUGCCGAUGCCACCGCUACCGACUCUACUCCCUUUGACGGCGAUAAUGACAAUGAUGCCGAUGUCGCCGCCGUUGAUGACGAUGAUGCCGGCACUAGUGACUAUGGUGAUGCUGUCGACGAUGAUGACGUCGAUGCCGCCACUGCUGACAACGAUGACAAUGCGACUCCUGCUAAUAGCCAUGGCGACAGGAGGAAUAGUAGUAGGAGGAUGGGGAUGCGAGCGGCUGUUGGUGGAAAUGGGGCCUGA